AUGUUCUUGUUUCCAGUGGGGAAUUUGGCUGCUCCAGUUGAAGAAUGGACCGUUAGUGGGACAGAUUUAACUGCACUAAUGGACGUGGAGAGAAGACAUGGAAAGUUUAAGCCUGCAAUCAAGAAGGCCAUGGUGGAGCUUCAAGGUAAUAUCUUAGAAGCAGACUAUUUACUUUGGAACACUGUAAAUGGCGAUAAGCGAUGGUGUUGUACUUACCUUCUUGCUCCUUCUGAUCCUUUGUUCGUUGAACUUGGAGCAGCUUUUAUUAAACGACAAAUCGAAGAAUAUGGAGAUGUGACAGAUAUAUACAAUUGUCUAGUAGCUCGAAAGGAAAUAAAGGACUAUGUUGGUAAGCAAGCUCUUAUCCUAACCAUACCAGAGUGCAAAGACAAGUUUCAGGAUGUAUUAUUGUACAACUUUUUUGGAUCAUCUCCUUUGGGAGAACAAUGGAAGGUUAUAUGCAACUACACCACAGAACAAAAUUCGGAUCAUCUUGUUUUUGGAUCAGUUCCUGGAUCCAUGUCAACCAGUUUUUCACUCUUUGAUAAUUCCAAACAUUACAUUAUGUUGGACGAGUUGAAGCAAUUAUACAUUGCUGUUUCAUGUACAAAGCAGAGAUUAUGGAUUUGUGAUAGCACAGAGCAAUCAAAGCCUAUGUUUGACUAUUGGAUUAAGAAGUGUCUUGUUCAUAUUAAACAACUUGAUGAUUCACUAGUAUCUUCAAUGCAAGUCCCAAGCAGUCAACAAGAGUGGAAAUCACGGGGCAUCAAGCUGUAUUAUGAGCACAACUACGAAAUGGCCUCAAUUUGCUUUGAAAAAUCUUGUGACAUAUAUUGGGAAAGAAAAUCUAAAGCUGCUGGCCUUAAAGUUAUGGCUGAUCGUAUCUAUUCUUCCAAUUCUCAAGAAGCUAAUUCUCUCCUUAGGAAAGCUGCUGAGAUAUUCGUAGAUAUAGGCGAAGCUGAUUCUGCUGCUAGAUGUUUUUGUGAUUUGGGGGAGUAUGAAACCGCAGGUAGUGUAUAUUUGAAAAGUUGUGGCGAGUCUGAGCUACAAAGAGCUGGAGAAUGCUUCACUCUUGUAGGUUGCUAUGAGCGUGCAGCUGAUGCCUAUGCUAGAGGAAAUUUUUUCUCCAAGUGUCUAAAUAUAUGCACCAAAGGGAAGUUAUUUAGCAUGGGUUUGACGUACAUAGAGCACUGGAAACAACAUGCUAAGAAAGAGGGUGAUAUAAACACUAAGGCUGAAGAGAUAGAAAAAAAUUGAACAGGAGCUUUGGAAGGGAUAUGCUCUCAAUUGCUAUGUGCUCAAAGAUACUAAAUCCAUGAUGAAUUGUCUCAAAUCAUUGAAAUCAAUGGAUUUAGUUCGUAACUUUUUGAGGCCAUUAGGUUGCUUUGAUGAACUUAUGUUGUUGGAAGAACAAUCAGGAAAUUAUAUGGAGGCUGCAGAAAUUGCAAAGCUGAAAGGAGAUGUACUUUCUGUAAUAGAUCUUCUUGAGAAGGCUGAGAAGUAUAAAGAAGCAGCAACUCUUAUUAUUUCCUAUGUUCUUGCCAACUCACUCUGGUCAUCUAGUAAAAAGGGCUGGUUUACUUUUGUGUAUCUUGUAAUGUUUCUAUUUUUCAUUUUUGAAGUAAAAAUUGUUCAAGAUUAUAAAAUUUUAUUAUGUUAUGCUUUCAAACUUAAGUUAGAACUAAGAUCUCAUGAAGUAGACACAUUCAUGGUUUGAAUUAGUUAUUGUUUAAUGUAAUACUUAUGGUUUAUCAAUCUAUUGAGAAUUACAUUU